AUGUCGGACGACCAAAAAGAAAAGAUCGGCGGCUAUGAUGCGCCAGGACAGCAAUCCAUCACUGCCGGGACAGAGGUAGACUGGCUCGAUGAGGAAGAGAAGAGAGCGAGACGGAAGGUUGACUCUUCAGUGCUCCCACUCUUAUUCCUAGGCCUUCUAGUCUUUCAGCUAGAUCGAAUGAACUUAGCGAGUGCCCUGACAGAUGGCUUUGCAAAGAACAUCGGCGUCGACCAGACGACGAUAAACCUCGGGAACCAGCUCAUGUUCAUGGGCAUCGUCGUCUUCGAAAUUCCCUGCAACAUGCUUCUGCAGAAGAUUGGUCCCCGCAAAUGGAUUCCAGGGCAAAUCUUCCUCUUCGGCAUCGUUGCGACCCUCCAAGUCUUCGUGAAAAACCGCAAGGGUUUCUUAGUUUCCCGCCUCAUGCUUGGCUUCGCCGAGGCGGGAUACAUCCCUGGUGCAGCUUAUACCCUCUCCACGUGGUACAAGAAGAGGGAGCUCGCUAAGCGGAUUGCUGUGUUCUUCUUUGGCAUGUUUGCAGGCAACGCCAUUAGCCCUAUUCUUGCAUCCGGGAUUCUUCAGCUUAGUGGGAAGCGUGGCAUCAAGGGGUGGAAAUGGCUCUUCCUGAUUGAGGGCAUAUUCACAAUCAUAGUUGGAGCUUUGCUCUUGUUCGUUUUGCCGGGCUCUCCUGAUACACCCAAGCCGCUACUGAGCCCCGGACUCAUUCGGUUCACGGAAGAUGACCGGAAGAUCCUACAACAACGGCUCGAGCACGAUGACAAGGAGAAACGACAAGGUGCACAGGGGAUGCAGAUCCCCCUCAAGGUAGUAUGGAAGACGGUAUCCCAUUACCGUCGCUGGCCACACUUUGUCUCUACGUUCGCCGUCUUUUCUACAUGGAGUCCGUUGACUACCUACACGCCGUCUAUCAUCAUGGCCCUCGGAUUCAAUCGCACAGAAGCUAACGCCCUCGCCGCCGUCGGCGCCUCUCUCGCUCUUGUCGUCGUCUUCAUCUUCGCCUACAUCAGCGACCGAACCAACCAGCGCGGAUUCUCCGUGGUUGGAGCGCACCUCUGCUAUCUCGUCGUUUUGAUCGUGGCGCGCAGUGUGCAUCCCCAUGUGGGCAAGUGGUCUCGAUGGGGGCUAUGGACGUCGGUGAAUGCGUUUGCGGUGGGCUAUCAUCCUGUCCAUAAUUCGUGGGUUCAGUUAAACUGCCGUGACCCAAGGGAGAGGAGCAUUAGCGUUGCCAUGUGGGUGAUGUCGGCCAUUAGUGGUUUGAUGGUCGGGACACAAUAUUUUAGGGCCGGAGAUGUGCCAUUAUUGGAAUCUACGUACAUCAUAAUAAGCGUGUUGGCGAGGGGAAACACCAUCCUAAAGAUGGAGAAGAACCUAUGA